CCGACCGCAAGCACCCAUAGCAGCGUUUCCUCCUCCCCCAUCCCAUUCUUCCCAGGUGGACUCCCUCUUUUGAGACUCGUCUCCUUUCUUGUUUGCUAUAAAGAUGGGAAAGCAGCGCAGCACCAUCGACGCUGUCGGUUGUCCAUGACCCAUCCUUCCUUGUUCCACCGUCCACCCUCUCCUCCCAUGGAACAUCAACCUCAUCAACCCACCAGCCACAGCAACAGCAACAGCCACAGCCACAGCCACAGCCACAGCCCCAGCCCCCUCCUUGGGCCCCAUCACCACCCCCGCCACGGCGGGGACGAUGAUCCAUCUUAUCUUGACGACCUAGUGGUCGAGCUCCCACAGUUCCACUUCGUCCUCGCCUUUUGCAAUCUCUCUUACUCUGUAUGGAGGUCUCGGAGAAUCUCAUGCCACCGGAUUGCCGCGGCGGACCCGGAGCAACCCCCAGCUGGAAGGAGAGUUCUUUUGGAUUCCAUUACCGGCGAGGUAAGGACAGGGGAGAUCUUGGCGGUGCUCGGGGCGAGCGGCUCCGGCAAGUCCACCUUCAUCGACGCACUGGCGGACCGGAUAGAGAGGACCAGCCUCCAAGGAAGCAUCACGCUAAACGGGGAGAACCUCGACAGCGGGCUCCUCAAGGUGAUCUCCGCCUACGUGAUGCAGGACGACCUCCUGUUCCCGAUGCUAACCGUGGAGGAGACCCUGAUGUUCGCGGCCGAGUUGCGGUUGCCUCGCUCGUUCUCGGCGUCCAGGAAGAGGGAGCGAGUGCAAGCGCUCGUCGACCAGCUCGGCCUCCGGUCAGCCGCCAAGACCAUUAUCGGCGACGAAGGCCACCGCGGCGUGUCAGGUGGCGAACGCCGCCGGGUGUCCAUUGGCACCGACAUCAUCCAUGAUCCCGUGAUCCUCUUCCUCGACGAGCCCACGUCGGGGCUCGACUCCACGAGCGCCUUCAUGGUGGUCAAAGUGUUGCAGAAGAUCGCACGCAGCGGAAGCAUCGUGGUCAUGUCGGUGCACCAGCCGAGCUAUCGGAUUCUCACUCUCCUCGACCGCCUCCUAUUUCUUUGUCGUGGCCAGACGGUCUACAGUGGGCCCCCGCAUGACCUCCCUGGCUUCUUCCGGCAGUUUGGCCGUCCGAUCCCUGAAGGUGAGAACGCAACUGAGUUCGCCCUGGAUCUCGCCCGUGAGCUCCAGGACACUAACGCCGGCGCCGCGGCCCUCGUCGACUUCAAUCGGCGGUGGCAGACUCGUCCAUCAGCAUUGGUCGCCGCCGACAUAACCCCACUGUCGCUGAGAGAUGCCAUGAGGAUUAGCGUUUCGCACGGAAGGCUUGUCGGCAGCGUGAGCGUCGCCGACAACGUUGCCCCGGCUUCGUCGUUGCAGAAGUUCGCCAACCCAGCCUGGAAGGAAGUGCUGGUGCUGUCGAAGAGAGCGUUCAUGAACAUGAGGCGGAUGCCGGAGAUCUUCGCGAUCCGCCUCGGUACCGUGCUCGUCUCCGCCUUCAUCCUGGGGACCAUCUUCUGGCGACUCGGCGAGUCGCCCAAGGACGUCACGGAACGGCUCGGCUUCUUCGCCAUCGGCAUUACGACAGUCUUCUUCACGUGCGCCGACGCCCUCCCAGUCUUCAUCCAAGAACGCUACAUCUUCAUGCGUGAAACGGCCUACAACGCCUACCGCCGCUCGUCCUACGUCCUAUCCAACGCCAUUGUUGGCAUCCCGGCGCUGAUCCUACUAUCCGUCGCCUUCGCGGCGUCGACCUUCUUCGCGGUCGGCCUGGCCGGAGGAGGGGAAGGGCUCAUCUUCUUCUUCCUCAUCAUACUGGCGUCCUUUUGGGCAGGCAGCGGAUUCGUGACCUUCCUCUCCGGCGUCCUGUCGCACGUGGUGUUAGGCUACACGGUGGCAGCGGCGAUACUGUCCUACUACCUGCUGUUUAGUGGCUUCUUCAUCAACAGGAAUCGGAUACCCCACUACUGGAUUUGGUUUCACUACCUUUCCAUGUUGAAGUAUGCUUACGAGGGAGCGCUGCAGAACGAGUUCGGUGGCGAAUCGUCCAAGUGCUUCUCAAGAGGGGUUCAGAUGUUCGACGGCACGUCCAUUGGGAGCCUACCCAUGGAGACCAAGGUGCAGGUUCUUGGAGCGAUCAGCAAAACACUGCAGAUGAACUUGACCAGCGACAGCUGCAUCGUCACAGGGCCGGAUGUGCUGCAACAGCAGAGCAUUAAUCAGCUCAACAAGUGGGAGUGUCUGCUGGUGACUGUGGGCUGGGGAUUCUUGUUUAGGAUUCUGUUCUACAUCACACUCCUGCUGAGCAGUAGGAACAAGAGGAGGUAAGAUGAUCGAACAAGUCAGGCAUACAUGGAAGAACAAGUAGUCCUCUUGUUGAGCUGCAUUUCUUCUUCUAAACGCAUGAAGUUUCACUAUGUAAGUGUUGGAUAAUUCUAGGCGUUCUGUUUUUGUUC